AUGGAACCGAAAGGUGAACGUUGGAAGAUGAAGUCAGUUGUGAUGGUGCUGGUGUUGAUGGUUGUUGGCAGUUGCACCGCAGCACCGGCCGAUGGUAGGUCGGUGUUUGCGGACAAUUCGCUGUGUCCGGAACCGCGCUGCGUUACAUUUGAAGAAAUCAAUACCUUGUGGGCGAUAACGGAUCCGGCCUACUUCCUCCAAUGUCGCCCGGAUGUGUUCGGCAGUUGGUCACCGCAGCUGAUGCCCUGCGCUCCCGAAACGCUUUUCAGCUUUAGGCAACAGGUGUGUGUUCAGCCGCAGAAUUGGGAGGGGUGUGGUGGAUCGACGGAAUCAACACCAACGCUGCCUACAACAACACAAGUGACCGGAGAACCAGAUACAACUACGCAAGGGACCGGAGAGCAAGAUACAACUACGCAAGGGACAGGAGAGCAAGAUACAACUACGCAAGGGACCGAUGACCCACUCUCAACCACAACGCCAGGCGCGGGCACUACUGAGGUAACGCCUAUUCCAACAGAUGUGACUCCAUACCCAUCUCCUGGUGAUAUAUGUCCAGGACCGCUUUGUGUAACAUUCGAGCAGAUCAACACGCUCUGGGUGUAUAAUGAUUCGCCCGACUUCUUCUGGCAGUGUCGUCCGAUCGAUGGUAUCUGGGCACCGAUCCUAAUGCCGUGUGCACCUGCCACGAAGUUUAGCUUCCAGGCCCAGGUGUGUGUACUGCAGGAGCUGUACGUAGGUCCUGAAUGCGUAGACGCUAAUAUCUAG